AUGAGUGACGCGAGCGGUGGUUCGGCCGCAUCUGCUCCCGAUGCGGGUGGUUCUCCCGGAAGGCGCCCGCGAGGACUCCNAUAAACAUACUGUGGCGUUUAGUACAGCUCUUCAUACUCUACUAAGAAUACUNUGUGCCGUGCUCAAUCAACGAGUGGAAGAGCGCCACAGCAGUUAUGUUUAUGUUUAUCAUGCAAUCAAAUCAACGUUUGUACGGAGUAGUUCUGUCAGUAUUGUCAGUACAUGUGCUGUACAAAGCGUACUGUGGCGUUUAGUAUGGCUCUCCAUACUGUACUAAACAUACUGUGGCGUUUUGUACAGCUCUUCAUACUGUACUAAACAUACUGUGGCGUUUAGUACAGCUCUUCAUACUGUAAUAAACAUACUGUGGCGUUUAGUACAGCUCUUCAUACUCUACUAAGAAUACUGUGGCGUUUAGUAUAGCUCUUCGUCCUGUACUAAAACUUUUGUAAGUACGGCUCUUGAAUACUCUACUAAACAUCUUUUUCAGUAUAGUACGGCUUUUCAUACUCUACUCAUACUCACUUCAUAGUAUGGCUCUUCAUACUCUAUACUCAAAGUACUCUUGCGGUUUAGUACGGCUUUUCAUACUCUACUAAACAUACGCUUUGAGUUUAGUACCUAACUAACCUCUGUACUCUACUCAGGUGAGUAGAGUAUUCACCUCUCUCAUACUCUACUCUACUCAACCGUUCGUACAGAUUCUCGAUACUCUACUAAACAUACUCUACUGUACUAAACCUACCCGUGAA